CUGGAGGUGGUUACUGGAGGUGGUUACUGGAGGUGGUUACUGGAGCACACUGAUCUAAUUGAAGUCUUGGUGUCGAUGCGGUUAAUCGAUGUGUGUAGCCCCCUGGCAUUUUCUAGCCGAGCGUUUCGGGUAGUUGUGCCGUGUAACACAGGCUUCUCCCUCAAAGCUUCCUUCCUCGGUGAUGGUCCUGCUACUUCGUGGAUUUCGCUCCAGAAUCGGUUCCAGAAACCUGCAACUUAGGAUUAGUUAGUCAGCCCCCGAACUUCGUGACUUACUUUAGAAGUUAGGAGGAUUCCGCGAGUGGUGGUGGUGGUGGAGAGUAUUUGGGUCGAUUCAACUCCACGGGUGUGUGUAGCGCGGAUGGUUGGCUCACGGCUAAGAACGUGCAGCUUGGUACAAUCGACAGGAGCAGGUCGCACAUGAAAUAGCUCUUAAUUCCAGCCUGUGAUUGAUUCGAGAUCUUGCGAUUUUUUAUAGAGUUGUAAAUUCUUGCACCAGAUCGAGAAGGUGCCGCUAGUCGGAUUGUUUCUGGGAUUUGCUUAACGGCUAUCUUCUUGAAUUACAUUCGUCGCCGCCACUCUAACCUCUCCAAUGUGAGCUAGCCAAUCCUUCUCCAGCACGUACCACAUAAAAGUUCUUACCCUUGAACGGUGUGAUACUUCAGACCCAGGUCAAAGGUUAGGCGUUCUUCUGUAGGUCAAUGGUCGAGAUCGGCUUAAGUGAAGACUGGCUUAGAAACACCUGUCUUGAUGACGUCGUCAAGACGCUGCGGCGUCCACCGAGGGAUCAGUUUCCUCUUCAUUCUCAUGGUACUCAUUUUCUCUUGCCUGUAUUUUUCUGCGAAGGUCCCGGUGUCUUCAGAAAAUUUGGACGAAUUCGGACUCCUGCCUAUAAUUGAGCUGAAUGACACUGAGUUGAGAGAAAGGCGUGUAAAACUUUUGGAAAACUUCAUAACUUCUUUACAAGAAUCUACAAGAUUAGCCACGGGAGGGGAGGAUGAGAGCGAUUGGUUCACAGAAGAGGCCAGAGUGAAAUGGAAUCGAGAGAAUCCGUGUCUCAGCCGCAGAGAGAUGCGGCUACAAUACAAGCAAAGGAAACACGUUCCCUACGUGGAGCCGAAUUCCCAGUGGCAAGAGGUUCUCCGAGAAUACUCCAAACUCCACCGCACUUGUUUGCAUAGGAUUGGUGACCCGGUGGCGUAUUUCACGAGCCAAAACUCCACCGUUGAGUGCAAGUUCACAAUAUUGGACACAGAGUUAGCAGCGGGGUUGGGAAAUAGGUUGGUGAUGAUUGCGUCGGCGUUUGCUUACUCUCUCAUUACUCAGCGCGUGCUGCUUAUUGCCAGACCCGGAAUUCUGCCUCCUCAGUUGCUCUGCGAGCCCUUUGAAGGAUCCUCAUGGUUGCAUUUCGAUCCUAACCAGCUUGUGACGCCCUUUAAUCGAGACUCUAGAGGGCUGGGCAGUUACUGGAAUAAGUCUGGAAGUUUCCACAGCCGCAUUGACAUAGCUCGUGGAGCUGAAGGCGGGGAUGACACGUCGCAGCUUAUUAUGGAUUACGCUGUGGCGAAUGGCGAAGGUGGGUAUACGGAGCAACUCGACAGCAGAUUUUUUUGCGACACGGAACAGGACUAUUACAAGAAUGUGACAUGGGUGUAUAUCAUGGGCUGCAUCUACUUCGCGCCAAAAUUAUACGCUGUGCCCUCAUUCCGGCCGGUUCUGGACGCUCUAUUUCCGGAUAAGAUGAUGCUCACGAACCUCUUGCGCGAUGUUAUGUCGCCAUCUGACGUGGUUUGGGAGCAAGUCAAGAGCAUUCAGCGAGACUAUGGGCUCCAGCGAGCUGAUCGUCGGUUAGGCAUUCAAGUUCGGUAUCGUUACCAAAAGGAGCAGUUCGAUAGGAUGGAUCGGGUUGUUGAGGCUCGAAUUUGGCAGUGCGCCAUAAACAAUCAUCUUCUUCCACCCGUCGUGACCAAUUCUCGGCGAAUGUUACCCCAUGUUUCAAACAGAACGACCUCCGUCUUCGUAGCGUCGUUGUUUGAUGGUGUAAAAAAUAAUCUCAGUGACACAUUCGCUACCUAUCCAACUGAAACUGGCGAACACGUCGAGGUUUUUCAGUUUUCCCACGAAGGCCUGCAGAAGUUCGGCGUGAAGAUUUUCCAGGACGCGCUGGCGGAGAUCAUCACUCUCAGCUACUCCGACUACCUGUUUGUCACGCCUCAGUCGACGUUCAGUGGAGUUGCUCAGGCAUAUGGCGGGCUCAUCCCUUGGUUCAUUGGAUUCCGCGAUGAACUAGAAACGCGUCCUCCAUGCACCCGUGGACAGACUGUGGAUACAUGCUUCCAAGUUCCGCUUGAUUAUGUCUUUCAGUGCCGCUACGACUCUGCGGUUCAUCGAAAAGAGAUUAGCACGGUCUACCCUGACAUUCAGAAGUGUUUGGAAGCUGACACCCCUGGUUUGCAGCUCAUUACAAAGCAACCUGAGAUUCCUUAAGCCUAUAGGAUCUCAGAUUGUCGAUCCAUCCUCAUUCGAUCAAUACCGCUUCUAGUAUUGGGACGCAAAGAUUUAUGGUACACAUUUCUGUGACGCUAUUCUUUUGGUCCAUUUUUUUUGCCUACGUUGACUGCCUAUUUCUUCGCCGGUAACGCUACCAGCAUACUCUUAUGCGAUGGCAUGCCUUCGGCAGUAACGACGUCGAGAUGUGUUAGAUAUGAAAUGAGUUUGUGUUUUAACUAGUGUAGCUGAGGGCGUACCCAACUAGCUUAUUGUAACAGUGCAUGUAGAUCUAUUCGUGCAGUUCUUUUCUUUUUAAAUUAUUGGUAAUAGGAUUCAGGGUGAGCACCAAACCCAUGAUUCGUGUCUUGUGCACAACAAGACGUUGUCCUGGUUACCCAUUUUUCGAGAUUUAUACAAUCAGACAACAACAUUCCUUUCUAUGAUUAAUCAUAAUGGACCAUACCAGCAUUCCUCUGUUCAUUUGUGGACCACACAAGUUUGGCAUUGUUAGCUUAAUAAUCAACGUUGAAAGUGUCGUAAAACACCGACCAGAUCUUGUUCUAGUAUACAAAAACUUCAUCAAAUACAUUCCGAAUUAUGCACGAAUAAUAACAAUAAAAA